CGCAUUGAUCAUUGUUCAAUAGGGUACUACUCGUACUACUCGUAAUUGUACUCGAAGCACUGAAUUCAACACAAUUUCGUAGAUACGGCAAACUUUCUAUCAAUCGCAGUUUAACACAACCUGUCCCUUCCGUUCRAUCGAUUCCCAAGAAAAAAAGUUGCUGCCUAUCGAAGAAUUCUUUCGUAACCGAUUCUAUAWCAACGAGCUCAACGCGACAAUGGUUCCUUCCUCGGCAAUAAAACGGCUGAUGUUGAUCCUCCUUAUGGCAUSUACGGUGUGGGCGUCGCAAUCAGGACUGGGGCAAGGAGAAAUAGCUGAAACUGGUUCCGCCAAACCGUCGUUGCGUGGCGGCGAUCGUCGACGCGAACUCGAGGGCGACUCGGUGAGUGCGCUAGUGGCAUGGCUCCUCGGUCAUGAUUGCGGGUGUGCACCRUUGCGAUCYCACAAWAAAAUUCUUUGUCGUUCGAUCCGACUCACCCCUGCAUAUCGUGACGUAUUUGUCGUCGUCGUUGUUGUUGAUGAUGUUGAUGUUUGGUGGUGGUGGUGGUGGUGGUGGUGCUGCUGCUGCUGCUGCUGCUGCUGAAUGACGGAUAAUGAAUGAUGACGACUAUGACGCCAUUGUGGUACACAAUUGUAUUUUAUUCGUGUCUAUGCUGCAGUUUCCGAAGAAGAGGCCCAGAAUCAUUGGCGGCCAAGUCGCGGAUUCGGGACGCUUCCCCUAUUAUGCACUCAUGAACGGGAGCAAUCUUUGCGGGGCCGUUCUUAUCUCCCCUCGGUUUGCCUUGACGGCCGCACAUUGCCAGGAUGCCGAUCGCGACUUCGCCAUUUUUUCCCAAACYCGAAAGAUCGGGACCGAAAUCGGGGUGGUUGACCGGGCGGUUCAUCCGUUGUACGACGACUUCACGUAUUCAAACGACGUUGCCAUCUUUGAACUGUCGGAAGAUGCUACCGACGAGGACGGAACGCCGGCUCCCUUUGUUCGAUUGAGCCCGACAGARAUAGACACGGUUGGAACCGCGAUGACAGUGAUUGGCUACGGGGACGUGGACCCCGACGAAGAUGUGACUAAGUUUUCAGACAAUCUMMACCGAGUCGACGUCAGAUACAUAACUAAUCCUGAGUGCAACCGAGACCAUCGGGGUGAGAUCAGCGAGGAGAUGAUGUGCGCCGAGGACACCGGGAGGGAUGCCUGCUACGGGGAUUCCGGCGGUCCUCUCCUUCUAACGCCUGAYGAAUCGGAUUUCAACCAAGAUGUAAUGGUGGGAAUCGUCUCUUGGGGACGGGGAUGCGCAGACGCAGAGUUUCCCGGGGUCUACACAAGGAUCUCUUAUUUUUACGACUGGAUAGUCGGAACAAUGUGUGUCUUAAACGCGGAAAAGGUUCCACCAUAYGUGGAUUGCGUGGAAAUCCUCGGGAUUGACGUGACCGACCCGAAUGACAACGUUGAYAACCGUGAAGAGGAAUUGCUAGAAGAAGACGAUGAACAAGAACAGCAACCAUCUCCGCAAGAAGAAGUCGAUGACUCUCCUGAGGAGGAGGUUCCUCCUGUCACAGAGCCACCGCGGACUUCACCCCCCACACCCGCRCCAGUUCCAGUCGAGACUUCGCCCCCCACACCCGCGCCAAUAACAGUCGAGACUUCACCACCAACACCUGUGCCAGUUUCCCUUACUSCUCCYUGUGGCGGUCGGAAUGCAGACUGUACAGGAGGUGGCGAUUGCUGCAGCGGGCGMUGCAAUAUUUUCUCCAAAAAAUGUUACCCACCAUCUAAUGCAAAUCGUGACCGAAUCUCGAGCGGGAUGGGGGGCUCCGCGGGUGGUGUCACCCUCCGGCGAAUCAAAAAUGUUUACGCCGGGGCCAGUUACUUUCCGUGAAUGCGAUACUGUAGGGGAUGCACUGAAAUAUGAAUAUUGGAAUUGAAUGAAUUCAAUUCAGCCCAUCUUAUUUCACGCAACCGGAACUGACCAGCCGAAGAUCACACUGAUCGAUCAUGCGGGUCUGAACAUUUUCUUGUCGCACAUCAUAGUGUGGCAUACGGUUCAUUGUGAAAUGGAGCAAACAAAAACGAGGGCCGGAUACGAUGCGAUGCAACGAAAUUCAAUAGAAAUUCAAUAGAAAAAGAGAUUGAUACUUUCCAAAUUGUAGUAAAUAAUCAUUGUUCUGGGAAAAUAGGAUGGUGUAAAACUGAGUGAGGUCAGAAUGAAUAUAUGGAUAAUUUUCAA